GUCCAGAUAGAGCGAGUGAGCACUAGAGAGAGAGAGAGAGAGAGGCAGUUUUCAGUGGUGUGCGAGUGAAGAGAUGGAUCGAGGGCGCUCUUCCGAUUAGCGAGGCAUUAAAACAACUCACAUAAUACACACAGAACUAGUAAAAUACCAGCGAAGACUGGGGCGCUUCAAUCUAAUAAUAAGAAUAUUACAAAACACUGCAUCAUAGUUUACCUUUCGCAUCCACUUCACACACACACACAACACGGCAUUGAUGGUAAUGUAUGCAAGGAAACAACCGAGACUCAGUGAUGGGUGUAACGACCGAAGGGAAUCCCAGCCAUAUCAGACUCUUAAAUACCCAUCCAAGAGUCACCCUGGUACUGGUGAUCAUAGGCAUGAGAAGAUGCGAGACACUGGUGAUCCCACACCUCCCUGCAAAAUGUUGCGGCGGUCGGACAGCCCAGACAAUAAAUACAGUGAUGGCACAGGACACAGCAAGGCGAAAACGGGCCAUGCACAUCGUGGUAGAGAGAGGGAUGGAGGGACCAGUUAUUCUCCACAAGAAAAUUCACACAAUCACAGUACUCUUCAUAGUUCAAAUUCACAUUCUUCUAAUCCAGGCAGUAAUUCAAGCAAAACAGAAGCACCUUAUGAACCAGCAGAUGAUUGGUCUGAACACAUCAGCUCUUCUGGGAAGAAAUACUACUAUAACUGCAGAACGGAAGUUUCACAAUGGGAGAAACCUAAAGAAUGGCUUGAAAGAGAGCAACGGCAGAAAGAAGGUACUACUAAGGUGGCAGUCAACAUUUUCCCCAAAGAUAGAGAUUACAGAAGAGAAGCCAUUCAGGCAACUGCCGCUAGUGGGUUUUCCAGUGGAAUGGAAGAGAAGCAUUCCAGUGAGGUCGGUAAUGCACAUCCUCAGAAUAUUUUGUCUCAGACAAGCAGACACAAUGACAGAGACUACAGAUUGCCGAGAGCAGAGACUCAGAGCAGUUCUGCCUCAUCACAGCACCCCAGCAAGCCAGUGGUUCAUCCUGCUGCUGUCACCCCAAGCACUCUUCCUUCUAGUCCUUUUACUCUCCAGCCUGGUCAUCAGCCAAAGAAGUCUUUUGCUGCAAAUGGAGCUGCUACUUUGUCGAAACUACCCACACCUACAUCCUCCACCCCUGUACAGAAAGCAGAAAGGAAAGAGUCUGCAACAGUGGACAAACCUUCUUCUCAUUCUUGUACUUCCCAGUCGUCUUCCUCCACCUCUGUUUUAAACCCUGCUGCUCAGCCACCUUCAGCAUCUACAGUUCCUGUUUCACCUGUUCCACAGUCACCCGUUCCUCCUUUACUUCAGGACCCAAAUCUCCUCAGACAGCUUCUACCUGCAUUACAAGCCACUUUGCAGCUUAAUAACGCGAAUGUUGACAUGUCAAAAAUAAAUGAAGUUCUUACGGCUGCUGUUACACAAGCUUCAUUACAGUCUAUGCUUCAUAAGAUUCUCACAGCUGGACCAUCUGCUUUCAACAUCACUACUUUGCUUUCCCAGGCUGCUCAGUUGUCUACACCAGCUCAGCAGUCUAACCAGUCCCCGAUGUCCUUAACAUCAGAUGCCUCUUCACCAAGGUCAUACGUAUCACCCAGGAUAAGCACACCACAGACAAACACAAUUCCCCAUAAGCCUAUGAUAAAUACGCCUCCAGUGUCAUCACAGCCAAAGGUUAGUACGCCAGUAGUGAAACAAGGACCAGCACCACAGCCAAUACCUCAGCAGCCUCUUCCUGCUGACAAGCAACAUGGGCAUGAACCAGCUUCACCACGCACUCUUCAGAGGUCAAGUAGUCAGAGGAGUCCAUCACCUGGUGUAAAUCAUAUCCCUAGCAACACUGUAUCUUCAGGUACUGCCUCUGCGUCACAAAGUGCAUCCACAAGACCAACAUGUACAUUUACGCCAACGUUAGCAGCACACUUCAACGAAAAUCUUAUAAAGCAUGUUCAAGGCUGGCCUGCAGACCAUGCAGAGAAACAGGCUUCAAGAUUGCGCGAGGAAGCCCACAACAUGGGGAGCAUUCAUAUGUCUGAAAUUUGCACUGAACUAAAAAAUCUAAGAUCUUUAGUUCGAGUAUGUGAAAUUCAGGCAACGUUGCGUGAGCAAAGGAUACUCUUUUUGAGACAACAAAUUAAAGAACUUGAAAAAUUGAAGAAUCAGAAUUCCUUUAUGGUGUGAAAGCUUCAGAAAAUUGCACAAGGCUGGAACCCAGGAACUGUUAGUCCUUUUGCCCAGUCUUAACAUUUUUGAGCUGCAGUUUUUUUCGGCUUUGGACCGUUGGGCUGGGCAGGGAAUGUGUGACCAGGGAGGGGGAACUGAUUCAGGGGAAAGAUACAAGAUUUGUAAAAACCCUUGAAAUGUAGAUUUCUUGUAGAUGUAUCCUUCAUGUUGUAAAUAAUGUUUUGUAGAGUGAAGCCAUGGGAAGCCAUGCGUCUCAGAGCUUUGACAUCCAAACUAAUCAAUGCUGAGGUGGCUAAACACUUUAACCUUUCACCUGAUAACUUGUCUGCAAAAUGUAGAUUUUAUUGAUAGAUCAGUGAGCCAUUGCUGCAAGAAUGUUGGAUGUGCAUGAUCAAUGGGUGGGGGAUUAAACUGAAUUUAAAUUCGUGAAAGAAUGUUUAUUAAAUUAUAAAGAGAACAUUUUAUUUUUGCUUUUUUUUUUUUUUUUUGGAAUGGUCACAAUUUCAUUGGAUUUCAAAUUCAGACAUGCAGAUUGAAGAUAGCUGGCCCCACCUUUUUAAAGAAAGCAUUAGUGUGCCAAGUAGCAAUGGUUCAAGGCUCAGUUUUCUUGUUCAUUGGUGCAGCGUUUCGUUCCUACAAAGACUACCAGUGCCUGAUGGAGUUCAUUCAGAGUUGGCCGCACACAGGAGAAGUUUUGUUCGCAGUGCCCGUGAUCAAGGGAUACCUUGUGUUUGCAGCUACAGUUUUACAGUUCGCCGCUGCAUACACGUUUCUCGUUCCUGGGCAGACUGUUUGUUCUGUACGUCGCCACACCUCCCCUCUUUAAGGUCCUUUCCCAACUUUUACCAUCUUACCAUCUUACCUGCUUCUGUUUUUGUUCCUUCUGUACAUUUUUAUUCAUGGAAAUUGUUUUUGAAGACACCUUGGUUAAAGUUUUCAUUCCUAUGUACAGUUCCUAACAAAUAAAUAAAAAGCUGUAUUAAAAUUUGCAGUGAAAACUAGUAUAUCCAAUAUGUUGUAUACAUAAAUUAUUGCUACGUAUUUUCAUUUGCACCCUGUAAGGAUGGAAUAAAGUGCUCCUGAGACAUGCAUGUGCUUUGUGCACUCGUGAGCAGCCCAAGUAAAACAAAGCCAUGUCAGUUAAUCUGGGGGGAGGGGGACGGUUUCUCGAGGACGGAAGGUCGGAUAUGAAAUUGUAAUGUAAUAAAAAAAAAAA